GCCUCUCUAUUCCAACGACCGACCGGCCGCCUGCCCUGCCGGGACCCUCCGCCGACUGACAGCCAAACUGGCCCGGGUCCACUGAAAACCCUUUCCCUACACCUCCCCUGCGGGUAGCAAACCCCGCUUUUACUACUCCAGAUGGUUUUCAGGCCUCAAAACCCAGUGCACGGUCCAUCCCUUGGAAACUUGUCCCAACUGCCACCCGGGUACUGUGUCCUCGCAGCUCCCGUCCCCUCCUCUCGCACCCCCACGUUAUGGGUCACGGGCUGAUCACGCUCCCUCUUUGUGCCUUGCGUGCCCCGUACAGGGAGCCUCGAGCUCUGGCUCACUUUGGUGUCCGCCGACACCGAAAGGCCGAUUCCAAUCGCCAUCCUCAUUUGCGGAGCACGGCGGCGCGAACCAUUUCUCACGGUAAAAUCGUCCUUAGAAAAGAGAACCGUGGGGCUGCGGCCUGUUUACCGAUCCUGCGGUCAGACGGCCACAACUGACCGCUUCUACCAGUGUACCGUCCGCGGGCUGGGGGAACUCGGGAACUGCCCCUGCCCCGAGCCCCGCGGGCCACAGCCUCGCGCGCCGGGACUGGUCCCGAUCACCGCGAAGACCGCGUACGCCCAUUCUCCUCCCCGCGCAGGCGCGGCGGGCCUGGAGGCGGCCCCGGACCUUGCAAACCAUAGAGCGCCGCGGGCGGGCAGAGGGGCCAGAAGCGGGGGUCGCUCCAUCCCCCGCUUCCGGCCGGGCCUCGCUGCUCUGGGAACGCCUGUGGCCGCGAGCGCAGUUUCCAUGGGGACAGAAGAUGGCGUCGCGAGGUGAGAUUCCGGAGGUAAACGGCUGUCCUCCACCCCGCUGGAAAUCCUGUUCUUUCUGAACGGGUGGUAUUAUGCUACCUAUUUUCUCCUGGAACUCUUCAUAUUUCUGUAUAAAGCUCUCCUCCUACCAUAUCCAACAGCCAAUCUAGUACUGGAUGUGGUGAUGCUUCUCCUUUACCUUGGAAUUGAAGUAAUUCGACUGUUUUUUGGUACAAAGGGGAACCUCUGCCAGCGAAAGAUGCCACUUGGUUUUAGCGUGGCCUUGACCUUCCCAUCUGCCAUGAUGGCCUCCUAUUACCUGCUGCUGCAGACCUACGUGCUCCGCCUGGAAGCCAUCAUGAACAGCAUCUUGCUCUUCUUCUGUGGUUCAGAGCUGCUGCUUGAGGUGCUCACCCUGACUGCUUUCUCCAGUAUGGACAGGAUAUGAAAUACAAAAAUUUCAACCAGCAGCCCUUAUGGGCUGAGACCACAGAUUCUUCUGGUCUUUAGCCACAUCAAUGAGAACUGGUGGGUCAAGUUGUCCUGGGACAGGUUGCAGCUUUUCCUCAACACAGACAUUUGGGCAGCAAACAGCAUAAGGCCACUGGGCAUCAUCUUCUAAACCAGGACCAUCAACCUAAGAGACUGUUCUACACUGCAGUGUAGGGAGGGGCAAGGUUGUCCUGUCCUGGCCCUUCUCAGAACCAGUUCUCUGCUGACCUCAAGUUUUCUUUGAUCCUCGUGGCCAGAGCAUCUUGUGUGGACCAGGGAGGCUCCUUGGGCUUCCAGCAGAACCAGAGCCACAUCCUCCCCGUGUGUGCUGUGCCAUACCUGUCACAUGGGCAGAGAGCCUCCGGAUGCUUUGCUCCCAGGGUGAUGCAAAAGCCUCUCAUUUCAGUCCUGAGACUGAGCUCCAGAACUUCUUUUAGCAGCUCAUAGUGUUAUUUUUCUACUCUCAUCAUGAAACAAACAUUAUUUUAUAAUAAAUGUAUAUUUUCCAUCA